GCCUAAUUCAACGGAUCCUUAGAAUAUUUGCUCAUACAAUGGAACCUCAAAAUACCACCAAACCAUGAAAGCUCAGUCCCUUGAUCCUCCUCCGCAAUGAACGACGCCUCCAAUUUCCUCAUCUCCGCCGCCAGCCACAGAUUCUCCGACGACGAAGAAGACGAGGACGACUUGUGCGACGUUGAGACGUGGGAAGCCCUAAGCAAGAGCUUCGGAGAGGUUCAAUCGGUGCUCGAUCGCAACCGCCGUCUGAUUCAGCAGGUCAACGACAACCACCGCUCCAAACUUCCCGAUAAUCUGGCCAAAAACGUCGCUCUCAUAUGCGAGAUCAAUGAUAACAUGUCGAGAGUCGUCGGCCUCUACUCUGGUCUCUCCGCCACCUUGUCCGCUGCCGUUCGUCGGCGGCGUGAAGGAAAUGGAAUAUUGAAAUAAUAUGUAGUCUAUACUCUUUUUUAUUGACAAACUUAGUAUGGUUGCUGACUGAAUUGCGUUGGAUGAUGAUUGUUACAGUUG